CGCAAAAGUGAAUGUAAUACGUUCUUCGACGCUUUUUCGCCAUGGCAACCAGCUGAUCCUCCUUCUAUAUUUUCCACUUUAUCCCGUGCAGUCUAGUUUCGACAUGGCGGAACUUGGAUUAAAUGAUCAUCAUCAGAAUGAAGUCAUCAAUUACAUGCGUUUUGCUCGGUCCAAAAGGGCUCUGAUGCUAAAAACUGUGGACUCUUGCUUCCAAGAUCUAAAGGAUAGUAGGUUAGUGGAGGAAACCUUUACUGUCGAUGAGGUUUCAGAUAUACUGCAAGGUCUUGAGUUGUUGGUACAUAGUGAAGUUGAAUCGGAACUAAUUAACACUGCCCACACUAAUGUGUUAUUGCUGCAGCAACUGUUUUCUCAAGCUGAGAAAUGGUAUCUGAAACUCCAAAUGGAUAUUUCUGAAUUGGAAAACAGAGAACUGCUGGAUCAAGUUGCUGAAUUUGAAAGGUCAGAAUUUACUUCAAAUAAAAAGGCAAAUACAGAGCUAAUCAAGCCCAAACUUGCACCACUGAAUGAAGGGGGAUCUUCAGAGCUUCUAAACAAGGAAAUUGCAAGGCUCUCUGAAGAAAAUGAGAAACUGAAGGCCCGUUUAAAAACAAUAGAGACUCAGGCAACAAGUGCCCUGGACGAAAAGAGUAAAAUAGAGCAAGCAUUAAAGGAUUUGCAGAAAACGCAAGGCGGUCAGAAGGAAACCAAGGAUAUCAAUAGUUUGGAGAAGACGGUAGAAAGUCUCAAAUCCGAUUUUGAAAAAACACUCAAUGACAGAUCAGCUAAUCAGAAAUAUUUGGAAGAUAAUUUAAUCUCUGCAAAGCAUGAGUUGCUGAGGGUUCAGGAACAGCUUUCACUGACUGAAAAGGAGUUAGAAAAGAAAUUCCAACAGACAGGUGCUUACCGCAAUAUGAAAGAUAUUCUCACAAAGAAGAAUGAUCAGAUUAAGGAUUUGCGUAAACGACUUUUAAAGCAUGAACCGGAAGACUGACCUGAAGAACUUAUUUUUUUGAACAUACAUUGGGAUUUCAAUCUGGAAUUAAAUCUGGACUUUUUUCUCUAAGAUUACAUAUUUAUAAAAAUGUGCAUUACUUUAUGGAACAAAUGGCUCACAGUUAAUAAUUUCCCCCUCCAUUAUUUUCAUAAAGACAUUUUACAGCAUUUAAUUUUUUUCAUAUAUAUUAAACCAAUACAAGAGAGGCAUUAUUUAAUUUUUAAGAGCCGAAUCACUUCCUUGGUGAAGGUGUUUGUAAUCUUUUAUAUAUAUAUAUAUAUGCUAAAUAUAAUUAUUAGGAACCCACCUUUUCCUGUAAACUUAUUAAAUACACUUUAUUGAAUAAACCUACAGUAUAGAGCAGUGAUGGCGAACCUUGGCACUACAGAUGUUUCAGAACUACAUUUCCCAUGAUGCUUAGGUACUCUGAAGUCCAGUCAAGCAUCAUGGGAAAUGUAGUUCUGGAAUACCAAGGUUUGCUAUCACUGGUAUAAAAAUGUAUGUUGUAUGACCCACCAUCACUGCCCUCCUUCAGUUUUUUUGAAGCAGAAGCUUUGCUGUGUUUCGAAACAAUGUUAAGUACUUUGAUUAGGGUCCAUUGUUGAUUGUGUUAUAUCUAAUUUCUAGAACUUAGUAAUUUUCAUAAAAAAACAUGGUAAGGUUAUUAUUCCAGUUCUAUAUCAAAUGACAAAUAUGCAAGAUUGGGCUUGGGUUGUUUUGAGGUAAAAUACUACAGCUGACACCAAUAUUAAAGGGACAGUAAAGUCAAAAUGAAACUUGUAUGAUUCAGAUAGAGAAUGCAGUUCUAAACAUCUUCCCAAUUUACUACUCUCCUUUGUUGAAAAGCAUGCCUAGGUUGGCUCCAGAUUAGCAAUACAUAACUGCCAUCUAGCUGCGGAUUGGUGGCUGCACAAAUAUACCUCUUAUAAUUGGCCUACCCAGUGUGUUCAGCUAGCUCCCAGAAGUUGGGCACCUAGGUUCACUCUUCAACAAAGAAUUUCAAAAUUUGAUUAUAGAAGUAAAUUGCAAAGUUAUUUAAAACUGUAUGCUCUAUCUGAAUCAUAAAAGUGUAAUUUUGACUUUACUGUCCCUUUAAGGUAGUAUUUACAAAGUAACACCAGAAAAAUGUUAUCUUUGUAUUUGCUGUACAAUUUAAAUGUAAGUACUUUGUGAGUAUCCAACCUGUACUUUGGUUACUUUUUAUCUAACACUACAUUUCAGACCUACCUGAAAAUAUUAAAGGAACAUAUAAGUCAUAAUUUAACUUUUAUUAUCCAUAUAGAGCAUACAAUUAACAAUAAAAAUCCCAUUUCUUUCUACUAUCAUAUUUACCUCUUUCUUUUUGUAUCCUUUGUUGAAACAUAGUUUCUUUACAUUUGAAAUCCGUGUCCCUUUUAAAUUCCUCUGUAAUUCAUUUAUUGCUUUGCUUAUUUAGUAAUUUUUUGUUACUCUUAUUUGACUUUCAGCUAUAGUAGAUAAUAUAAAUACAAUGUUUUUGGUGGUUAUGCAUUUCUAUGAGGGACCAUAGACAGACUGCAUUUUCUCAGAUAAAAAUGCUAUGAUUUAUUUUCAUUAUGUUAUAUAACAAGUUUAUGGAUAUGCUUUCUGUAUCUUUAGGUUUUUGAGUAAAAUAAAUUGUUGCACAAAAUAA